AUGUCCAUCUUCUUUCCCAUUACAACUGGAGUCUUUUAUCACUCUAAAUCACUCGAAUUCCUCCUUCUUUCAAAAAGUUUUAAAGUCCGCAGUCUAAACUGUCAGAUUCUGAAUACUUUUUGCCCUCGAAUAAAAGACAAAGCGGAUUAUACAAAGAGAGUGAAGUGCUUAGCUAAUGCAAUUGAGAAGUCGCCGAUUCCAGAGAGCCAAACGGAUCAUACAACAGGCGAGGAGCUCUCGCCUGAGCUGUCGAACAGGACUUUGGAAGUUGAGGCAAUUUUCGAAGAAAUGGUAAGCUCAGGGUUUCAACCAAGAAUAGAAGUGUAUAAUCUCUUGCUGAAAGUGUUUUUAAGAAGAGGUCUUCUUACACUUGCUGAUAAACUUAUGGAGUCCAUGAACGCUAUGGGCGUGUGGAAAAACCGAGAAACAUACGAGAUUCUCCUUGGUUAUUAUGUUAGUGCCGGACGUUUGAAAGACACGUGGGAAGUUGUAGCCAAAAUGAAGAAAGAUGGGUUUGAACCGAAUUCCUUUGUAUACAGUAUGAUUAUUGAACUUUACAGGAACAAUGGAAUGUGGAAGAAAGCUAUAAACCUCAUAGCAGAAGUAAGGGAAAAUGGAGUCCCACUUGACAAGAAGAUGUUUAAUAGUAUGAUUGACACCUUUGGGAAAUCCGGUGAACUAGGAGAUGCAUUGCAAGUGUUUGAUCAAAUGCAGCAAGAAGGGAUUACACCAGAUAUCACCACAUGGAAUUCUUUGAUCAGGUGGCAUUGCAAACAUGGUGAUCUCACAAAUGCCCUUGUAUUGUUCAGCGAGAUGCAAACACAAGGGCUGUAUCCUGAUCCAAGUAUCUUCAUUACCAUCAUUAGUCGCUUAGGAGAACAGGGGAAGUGGGAUAUUAUAAAGAAAAACUUUGAGCAAAUGAAAGAUGGAGGUCAUGGACAAAGUGGGACCAUUUAUGCUGUUUUGGUUGAUAUUUAUGGGCAAUAUGGAAGCUUCGAGGAUGCAGAGGAGUGCAUAAAUACACUAAAACUCGAAGGAGUUCCUCUCUCAGCUAGAAUAUUCUGUGUGCUUGCAAACGCCUAUGCCCAACAGGGUUUAUGUGAGCAAACAGUUAAAGUUCUCCAGUUGAUGGAACGUGAAGGAAUCGAACCAAACCUUAUUAUGCUGAAUGUUUUGAUAAAUGCAUUUGGUAUUGCUGGAAGACAUAUGGAGGCACUCUCAGUGUAUCAACACAUAAAAGAAAGCGGUGCAAGUCCAGAUGUGGUUACGUACACGACACUUAUGAAGGCUUUUCUAAGGGCAAAGGAGUUUGACAAGGUAGGUAUAAUAUAUAGGGAUAUGGAGUCUGCUGGAUGCUCACCGGAUAGGAAAGCCAGAGAGUUGCUUCAAACUGCAAUCAUGGCUCUUCAACGUAGACAUUAGUUAAUUGUUUUUAAGUGAUUUCUUCAACCCCUCAUCAGCGAUGAUGAGGAGGACAUUUACGUCUUUUGUGCAGACAAGAGAUGGAUAACGAAUGAUUCCUUGUUCCAUCCAUGUUUUUGGAUGGAAGGGACGAGUGGGAGCAUGGGAAUACUUUCCAAAUUCACACGAGAAGAAAAGAUGUUAAGUCUAUGCAUAAAAUUUGAUAGCCACUAAGUCGUUUGACUUUUGACUUAGGCAUGUUUUCUAUACAUAGGUAUACAUGAUAAAUCAUAUAUAAGAUAAUAGGAUGAGCAACAUCUGUAGAGAGAAUCCCUGUGGUGAGUUAAGUUACUUAGUUGAGCCAUAGGUGUAGUGGAACACUUCGUGAUGGAACUCUGGUAAAAAAAACAUGCAAAAUUAAGUCUUCUACAUGAAAAGCGUGUGCCCUGUCAUGAUGUGAUUCACGAGAACUUCAUCAUAUAUGAUAUAUACACUUUUAUGGGGUUUCAUAGAUACAAUAAAG